AUGGCUUCUUCACGCUUGUGGCUCUAUGUGCAAGCCAUUUUCUGGCGCUUUCUCAUGCGACUGGGAAUGAUAUUCCAUCACAUUCCGCCUCCGCGGUCUCCGAGCCCUACAUUCUCCCGCUCCUUCCCGUCUGGCUCCUCCAAAGUCGUCUUACGCUUCUACUGUCCGGCAGAGUAUCAACGCUAUCGCAAGGAGGGCCGUCGGCUCCCGGUUCUUGUUAACUUCCACGGAGGCGGUUUCACCCUCGGGGCUCCAACGGACGAUGCCCGUUGGGCUCAAGCCGUUCUAACCCAAGUUGGUGCCGUCGUAGUUAGCGUUGGCUAUCGUCGAGCGCCCGAACAUCCGUUUCCCGCGGCCGUUGAAGACGGCGUCCAAACUCUUCAAUACCUCGCUGCCCACGCCGGAGAGCUCGGACUCGAUAUUUCUCGUAUUGCGCUUAGCGGCUUUUCCGCUGGGGGGAAUUUGGCCGUCACGGUGCCGCUCCGACUCCGAGACCUUUUGGUGCAGGCAUCGCCGGAACGCUGGUUAAGCAGGGCUGAGUCGACCUCACAGCUGAUCACUGCAUCUGCCAUCGAUUUACACAUUGUCGCUAUCUUCUCCUGGUAUCCCAUCCUGGAUUUUGACGAGUCCCGUGAGCAUCGUCGUGCAAUGAGCAUUAUGCCAGACAAGACUCUCCCACCCUUUUUCACCAACCUCUUCGAUCAGUCUUAUCUCCCCAAUGCGGAAGAGCGCCGGUCACCAUUUGCCUCGCCUGUAUACGCUACUGAUGAGGCAUUGCGCCAAGGCCUACCGCACGAUAUUUUUUUCUACUUUUGUGAAUGGGAUAUGCUCCUGAACGAGGGCCAGCUAUUUGUCCGUCGACUGCUAGACCUCAAGAAACAUGUACGCGGAAUGAUGAUCGAGAAGGUGUGCCAUGCCUGGGACAAGUCUCCCAAUCCGUUCCGGGACACUACAGACGUGGAUAAUCACUAUAGAGACGCUUGCGCCUCUAUGAAGGCCAUCUUUGGGGAGCUCUGA